AAUAAUAAUAAUAAUAAUAAUAAUAAUAAUAAUAAUAAUAAUAAUAAUAAUAAUAAUAAUAAUAAUAAUAAUAAUAAUAAUAAUAAUAAUAAUAAUAAUAAUAAUAAUAAUAAUAAUAAUAAUAAUAAUAAUAAUAAUAAUAAUAAUAAUAAUAAUAAUAAUAAUAAUAAUAAUAAUAAUAAUAAUAAUAAUAAUAAUAAUAAUAAUAAUAAUAAUAAUAAUAAUAAUAAUAAUAAUAAUAAUAAUAAUAAUAAUAAUAAUAAUAAUAAUAAUAAUAAUAAUAAUAAUAAUAAUAAUAAUAAUAAUAAUAAUAAUAAUAAUAAUAAUAAUAAUAAUAAUAAUAAUAAUAAUAAUAAUAAUAAUAAUAAUAAUAAUAAUAAUAAUAAUAAUAAUAAUAAUAAUAAUAAUAAUAAUAAUAAUAAUAAUAAUAAUAAUAAUAAUAAUAAUAAUAAUAAUAAUAAUAAUAAUAAUAAUAAUAAUAAUAAUAAUAAUAAUAAUAAUAAUAAUAAUAAUAAUAAUAAUAAUAAUAAUAAUAAUAAUAAUAAUAAUAAUAAUAAUAAUAAUAAUAAUAAUAAUAAUAAUAAUAAUAAUAAUAAUAAUAAUAAUAAUAAUAAUAAUAAUAAUAAUAAUAAUAAUAAUAAUAAUAAUAAUAAUAAUAAUAAUAAUAAUAAUAAUAAUAAUAAUAAUAAUAAUAAUAAUAAUAAUAAUAAUAAUAAUAAUAAUAAUAAUAAUAAUAAUAAUAAUAAUAAUAAUAAUAAUAAUAAUAAUAAUAAUAAUAAUAAUAAUAAUAAUAAUAAUAAUAAUAAUAAUAAUAAUAAUAAUAAUAAUAAUAAUAAUAAUAAUAAUAAUAAUAAUAAUAAUAAUAAUAAUAAUAAUAAUAAUAAUAAUAAUAAUAAUAAUAAUAAUAAUAAUAAUAAUAAUAAUAAUAAUUAUAAUAAUUAUAAUAAUAAUAAUAAUAAUAAUAAUAAUAAUAAUAAUAAUAAUAAUAAUAAUAAUAAUAAUAAUAAAAAGAACUUAGCGUAGCAGUCCACACCAGGGUAAGAGUUUGUCUUGACUUUGUUGCUGCCGGGCUACCGCUGUCACGAGACAAAUACACGGAAUGCACUCGACCAAAACAUGAAUCUACCGAUUCGAACCCAUUCCAAGGACAGGUGCAGCACCAUACGCUCACCGUAAAAAACAAAUCCAGAAUCAUCUUUUGUAUGAAUUCAAUUCAAAAUGUUGUUUCAACUUGCGUCCGCUAGCUGAAUUAGAAAUAAAUGUGCAAUAUAUCACACGCACGUUUGCUUAGAUCGUGUGUCUUUUUGAUACCCCCAACAACAGAGCCGAUCGCAAAGAUGCCAAUGCCAACGGUUGUGUUGUUUCUCAGGUAGCGAGAUCGAAAAUGCGUGGUAUUUUGUAGCCGCAGCGGAUGAAAAUGUACGCAUCAGAAUCAAAUAGUUUUGGGGUUUCCAAACGCACGCACACACACAAACACACAAACACGCGCGCGCAAACUCACACACACAUACACACACACACACACACACACGCACGCGCGCGCGCGCGCGCACACAUGCAUGAACGCGCGCACGCCAGCACGCACGCACGCACACACACGCACGUACGCGCGCCCGCGAGCAUGAAAGCGCGCACGCCAGCACGCACCCACGAAAGCGCGCGCGCGAGAGCACGCACCCCCGAAGUCGCGCAAGCACGCACCCCCGAAGUCGUGCAAGCACGCACUCCCCCUCCCCCCACUAGACCACCCCCCCCCCCCUCCACGCAUGAUCGAUUACGGCUACCUUAUCGGUAGAACGGUUGGUUCAGCUUUCUUGUAGCAUCCUCAUCCCUAGCGCCGGGCGGGGUGGGGGAUCGCGACAUGAUAGAGUGAACGGUCACUUUCCCCGCGCUGUGUGCGUGUGUGUGUCGAGACCAGUGUUGUUAAUUGUCGACAUUUUUUUAUGAUAUUCGCAGUAAGCGUGUGUCAAAAUCAUUUUUUGAUAUUCAUAUUCAUGGUUACCAUAUUCAUUUCACGCAGUAAGCGUGUGUCAAAAUCAUUUUUUGAUAUUCAUAUUCAUGGUUACCAUGACACGACUUUCCAAAAGCGACGAUCAUUUGUGCAAUAACAAUCAAUGCUUUUGCGAUGACAUGAUUGCAAAAAAUGUAGAAUGAAUGUCAUUUGACAUUUUUCAGUGAGAAUCCAGAACUGCUUAAUCAUGCAUUUACCGAUACUAAGCCAUUAGACCACUUGAUAUUUUCACUCAGUGAACCAGGAAAAUGGUAUUCUCUUACAGGAGUAUAGAAAUUCACGCGAAAACACGAAAAAAGGACCCAUUUUCGAUGAAGAUCUAGUUCACUUGUUGUACGGCAAAAUCAAAAAGUCAAAUGAUUGUAGCAGAAAAAAUAUCAUCGUGUCAAAUGAUAUUUUUUUCCGUGAUUGUCGAAUGAAUGCGUGGAUCUAGAAUGCGAUGCUUCAAAAAGUAUCAUUUUGUAAAAUUUUAUGUCGACGACUAUCACCGUUCGCAACACUGGUCGAGACCCAAAAACUCGUGACAAAUUUCGGCACAUUAAAAAAAAAAAAUAUUGUCACUAAACACUGUGCUACAUGAUGCUUAGAAGGUCGUUGAAGCAUCAAACAUGUUCAAAUAAAAAAAUAUUAGAUUAGUGUUAGACGUUCUCCUACGCUUGUUUUAAAUAGGCUUCUUCACCCUCAACUGGCAGGGGCAUCGAAUGGUCUCAUCAGCAGCGGCACGAAAUAAAAUAAACCAUCAAUACACCGAUAACACUCUGAAUCCCAAUCCAACUUCUCCCACAGCGUCUCAAGGUCACACACAAAUUAAUAAAUGCUAACACCCACCAAUAACAACACACAACCGCAAUGCACAUAUGAGUAUCAACGCAUACACCGCAACAACCAAUCAGCUGGCGGCGGAAGGCACGGGCAGAAGCUCAAGUAAGGCAAGCCAGGGUGAAGGAGGGAGAGGAGAGGAAGAAGCGGACGAAAAAAUGGGCGCCAUUUUUUUUUUUAAAUUUUUUGACCGUUUUUUUUUUGCUCCGCCGCCGCCCGAAUUGUCCGAACUGUCCGAACUGCCCGAACUGCGCGACCCAGCGCAGAAAUCGCUCGGGAGACCAGGCCAAAUCUGCGCUGGCCAGCGCAGAUUUUGGUGCAUUUUCUGCGCUGGAAACUGCUCGAAUUUGCGCAGCGGGAUGGUUCUGGGGAACACCACAAAGGUAGAGAGGACACUGUUGUAGAGUUCCACUACUCGACAGGAGAAAACUCCAUCGCGAUUGAACCGCGAUGGCGGGAGGUGGUGAGAGGAUAAAAGGGCCGGAGGACGGACUCCCGGCCUCUUUUCGCGUCAGUUACUCGGAGAAUAAAAACUAAUUUUGUGAUUUUUCGCCACUAAGAAAUAUCUACGAAACUUUCUUUUGAGCAUCUUUUUCGCAACAAAAAUGAAAACACAUAAUGAAUAAAUGAAAUAGAAGAGAAUUUAUGGUCGGCAUUACUUGCUUACAGCAUGAAACUAUGGAAAGCAUUGUUUACCUAUGAAAAUCGUAAAUUGUUUGCAUCAAAACGUAUGCAAUACUCGGACAUGCUGUUUGCCAACUUAGGCAGCGCUCUAGCAGCAAUCGAACACGACAUCGAACAUGAAAAUUAAAUGGGAUUUGACAUGUUCGAUUUGAUAAACAACAAAUCGAACAUGUCAAAUCCCAUACAUUUUUCAUGUUCGAUGUCUUGUUCGAUUGCUGCUUUAGGCGGCGCUCUGGGACCAAUCGAACGAGACAAACAAACACGACUCUGUUCGAUAGGUGCUCUGUCAGCUGUUCGAUGUCUUAUAGACCUGUCAUGAUGCACUGCAAUACGCCUUUCUUUUCGUCUCGAAAAUGAAGCAUGUUCAUAGUUUAAAUGAAUAUCCACCUACAGGGUGAAGAUUCAACUCAUAAUUUACUAGUAAUUCACAUCUAUAAUAACAUAGGAAUCAUUCAAAUUUAAUAUUGAAAAAUGUAAACAAACGUCCAUGCCAAAUCACAUACAGUGCAUGCACAUGGAUUAUGUACACACAAUAGUUUAAUACUUUUCAAUCCUUUAUAUUUGAUGUUAGAAUUGAUUGAAAAGUUUAACACACACACACGCACACACACACACACACACACACACACACACACACACACACAAACACACACACACACACACACACACACACACACACACACACACACACACACACACACACACACGCUGGCCAGCGCAGAUUUUGGCCCGAUCCCCGCGCUUUCGUGGGUGCGUGCUGGCGUGCGCGCUUUCAUGCGUGCGUGUUCGCGUGCGCGCGUACGUGCAUGUGUGCGUGCGGGCGUGCGUGCUCGCGCGCGCGCUUUCGUGGGUGCGUGCUGGCGUGCGCGCGUUCAUACAUGUGUGCGUGCGUGUGUGUGUGAGUUUGAGCGCGCGUGUGUUUGUGUGUGUGUGCGUGCGUUUGGAAACACCAAACUUAUAUGAUUCUGAUGCGUACAUUUUCUUCCGCUGCGGCUACAAAAUACCACGCAUUUUCGAUCUCGCUACCUGAGAGACAACACAACCAUUGGCAUUGGCAUCUUUGCGAUCGGCUCUGCUGUUGGGGGUAUUAAAAAAAACACGUGAUCUAAGCAAACGUGCGUGUGAUAUAUUGCACAUUUGUUUCUAAUUCAGCUAGCGGACGCAAGUGGAAACAACAUUUUGAAUUGAAUCCAUACAAAAGAGGAUCCUGGAUUUGUUUUUUACGGUGCGCGUAUGGUGCUGCACCUGUCCGUCCAGAAGCUGGUGGCUUGUUGGUUUUGAGUCGGUAUCAUGACGCCGUGCGACCGGCACUGCCUUGGAAUCGGUUCGGAUCGGUAGGUUCAUGUUUUGGUCGAGUGCAUUCCGUGCAUUUGUCGCGUCACAGCGGUAGCCCGGCAGCAACAAAGUCAAGACAAACUCUUACCCGGGUGUGGACUGCAACGCUAAAUUCUUUUUAUUAAUAUUAUCAUCAUUAUUGGCGUACAAGCCAACGCGAUCAUGCCGGCCUUUUCAGGACUUGAGUACCACGUAGCCGGAUAGUCACCUCUUGCUACGGCGGACGGUUCAUACGCGGUUAGAACCCACGACGGGCAUGCAGAUGUGCGGAAUAAUGGCGUUGCCGCGCGACCGCUCCUAUCCAGCGGGUAACUUGCAUUCUGCCACACUGUCUCCUGCUCGAUGCAUACGCUGCAGGCAGGGGGAAGGAUGCACCUCCACAGUAAAAAAAACACCGUCAUGAACCAGCGGCGGAUCUAACGGUAGGCGGACUAGGCGGUCGCCGAUGAUCUCUAGUCUGUAGUAUGCCGUAUGUCAAUUGGACAGAGUAUUAGCGAUAAGGGCCCCCGGAAAGAUGGUCGUUGGGGCUCCGUGGUUGGAGAACCAUUUGCACCUCCCCUUCCCCCAUGGCGACUACAAUUUUAGGGCCUGUGACCGAUGAUCGUAGGGGUCCCAUGGGCACCCCCCCUCCCCCCCAUCCGCCGGCAAUUUAAGUAUACCGUUCAAUCUUCCAACAGCUGUGUGCCAGUACCCCCUCCUCCCGGUCAUCAGUUACCAUUGACAGGGGCCUCAAUUCGUCUUUCCGCCUUUCAUGAACACCUUCCUUUCUUUGACCGAUGGAUCAUAACAUUCCGGAAGAAAACACAUUUGGCGAAAGUGUUGCACACACACGCACGCUCACACCCACGCGCAGAUGGCUCAGGAUAUCUAUGUAAUGUACAGCAUACGAAAGCAAAAGCUUAGGGUAACAAAGUUAUGCUUAAUGCUUAACACGUUCAGCACGAUGACAUGUCCCAGGGACUACCAGUGAACUUUCCAGGAUGCUGGUUUCACAAUCAGCUUGCGUUCUUGAUGCUGGUGGAACGGAAAGUUGAUGAAAAUCAGCGCCGGGCUGAACGUGUCAAUGCGAAUUAGGGUUCAGCGCGUUGCACAGCAAACCCUCCAGCGUAAACUAGCGAUUCCUUAGUCAUUUUUAUAUUGCAGUGUUUGAACUCAUUGCGAUUUUUUGGUUUGAUUUGUGAAAAUGCAACUUCAUCACCGCAAUGUUUGUUAACCGCAUUUUUAGGCACCACAACAGCUCGCGAGUAUUGACCACACGCGAGAAAGAGAUGGCGCUAUGGAGGGAAAAAGCACGGACGACGGCUGACAGCGAUUGGCCGUCUGACGCACUAACACAUCCAAACCUUCGACAGCGCGCUCAGGCGAGGGGUAUGAGGCGGAGCCAGGGACGGGUAGCUCGACGAGCUGCUCGACAAAUUUGCCGUUGGAGAGAAAAGGAAGGCAUGAUAAAAUUCUCAGAACGUCAUAACGCCUUCCGUCGCUUUGCACAGCGGGUCUGCGCUGCGGCUUUGGUACAUUUCUUGCGCAGGAAACUGCUCGAAUAGCGCAGCGGGGACAUGCGUUCUUAGGCUGACUAAUCUUAUGAAUCUUUGUAUAGUAUGAUUUUUUUCCUUUCAUAAAUUGUAAUGCAGAAUUUUUUGUGUUGGUAGAUUAAGGUAGAAAUAAGGCGUUUUCUGCGUGCAAAUUUAAUAAU